AUGGCUCAGGACCUGGGAACGAAAUAUAUACCAGGGCACACCCUGGCUAAGAAUUUUGGUGUGGAGUAUGUGAUCCUCUACUCCUUCGAGGACCAGGAUGCUAGCAGAGAGCUGCAGAGAUUGCUUCGGACCUUGUAUAGUGUCGGGCUGGAGGCUGCCGUGCGCCCUGGCAAGGGUCAGUGUCUUGUCGUCCUCGUCCGGCCUAGGGAGGAUAAGUUGAAAGCAAUGGCAUAUAGAACAAGGAUCAAGGACUGGCUGUAUGGUGUGCGUACCUCACAGCCCACCAAGGAUAUCAACGAUACCCAGGGGGUGCCAUGGACGGAGGCGGAGCGUCUCCGCACAAUAUAUGAUAUGAUGACUCUCCCACGCGCAGAUGGUGGGGCAGAUAUUACCCCCGGGUAUGGAUAUUGGAAGAAUGUCAAGUCGAUAUUCCCUCUACAUGACCACGACAUGAACAGCGAGUGGAUCAAGUCCUGGAGCCGUAAGACUCUUUUGGACAACGACGAUCUAGAGCAGAUAAGAGUGAAGCUGGGAGAGAAAGUAGCAUUCUACUUUACUUUCCUGCAAACGUAUUUCCGUUUCCUCAUGGUCCCCGCGGGCCUAGGCCUGUUCUGCUGGGUGUUCCUCGGUCAUUUUUCGAUCUUUUAUGCUGUUUUGAACUCGCUCUUCUGUCUUGUGUUUGUAGAGUUUUGGAAGAGACAGGAGACCGAUCUGCGGCUGAGGUGGCAGGUAAAGGGAGUGUCCGAGAUUAAGGCUCGGAGAAAGGAGUAUAAGCAUGAGAAGGAGAUCAUUGACCCGAUUACGGGUGAGACAGUCUACGUGUUUCCGGCCUCCAAGCGGCUAGUUAGACAGUUGCUGGUGAUUCCAUUUACUAUGGCAGUGGUUGUAGCAUUGGGAACUUUAAUUGCAACAUGUUUUGCUAUCGAAGUCUUUAUCAACGAGAUCUACUCUGGCCCUUUCCGGACAUACCUGGUUUGUCAAUCCUUACCUCUUACUCGGUUUUUAUACCAAACGGCUAAUAAGCAGCAGGCAUUCGUACCUACAAUCAUACUAUCACUCUGUGUGCCGACUAUCAGCGCUAUACUGACGAAGGUCGCGACCCAAAUGACAGAGUAUGAGAACUAUGAGACGCAGGACAGCCAUGAUAUUGCUCUGACACGCAAAGUUUUCAUACUUAACUUUGUCACUUCUUAUCUACCUAUCUUUCUGACAGCGUUCGUGUAUGUCCCUUUUGCACCAACUAUAGUGCCGUACCUGGAUGUCUUCCACCUUGCCGUCAAGCCCUUCCAGCCCAAUGAGAAGGGCGCAACGACAGCGUCUGCAGCUACAGAGAUCAAAGAGUUCCGCAUCAACAGAGCGCGACUGCGCAACCAGGUAAUCUACUUUACGGUGACGGCUCAGAUCGUGAAUUUUGCACUGGAGACGGUAGUCCCCUAUGUCAAGCGCAAGUUCUUCCGAAAAUAUGAGGAGAUGUCCGAGGCAAGGAAGAAUAAAGAGGACAGCAAGUCCGCGUCGUCAUCUUCUACCGACCUUUUGUUGGAUGAUGUACCAGAAGAAGCCGAAUUCCUCAAGCGGGUACGAAAUGAAUCUGAACUGAGUGACUACGAUGUGACCGAUGACCUGCGCGAGAUGUGUGUGCAGUUUGGAUACCUGGCUCUCUUCUCCCCCGUCUGGUCUCUGGUCCCGGUCUCCUUCUUGGUCAACAACUGGGUCGAACUGCGAUCGGACUUUUUCAAGAUCUGCAUCGAGUACAAGCGUCCCACGCCCUUUCGUGCUGACUCCAUCGGUCCGUGGUUGGACUCACUCAGCUUCCUGUCGUGGAUGGGCAGUCUGACGAGCGCAGCACUAGUGUAUAUGUUUUCAUCUGUAGCUGGUGCCGGCAACGAUGAACCUCACGAUGACAUCAAGGGCUGGCUAUUGCUGCUGACCAUAUUUUUCUCUGAGCACAUCUACCUGCUAGCCCGCCUGGCAGUCCAGGUGGCCAUGUCCAAGCUGGAGACUUUGGACACCCGCCGCGACCGAGCGGAACGCUACCUCAUGCGAAAGGGUUACCUUGACCGCGCCAGCAGUGGACAUGCAAACAUCAACGAUACCGAUGAGAACCACUACCAGCGUCGGGGAGAAGAGAUGCUUGCCGAAGUUCAAGCUAGUGCUGGUGUAGGUGAAGCAGUUGGCGAUUUCGAUGAGCUUGGCAGCGACUAUGUGGAAGAGGAGAUCGGGCAGAUCACCCGCUCAUCGCUCGAAGAAGAUGCACGCAAGUUCAGCAUGCCAGAUGCAACUCCAUCUGAGCUCUUUUGGGCGCGGCAGCAGGGGUGGAAGGAGUCCGCCAGGAUCGGGGCUGCUAUUAUCCAGGCUGGCGCCCAGAAGGAGACCAAGGAACCCAAGGAAACCAAGAAGAGUCAAUAG